AUGCCGAGCAUCGCGCUCAUGAGCAUCGUCAUCGAGGGGCUCUUCCUCGUUUACUUAUUCUUUGACCUGGUCGUCCGCGGCGGCAGGCUGCGGCGCUUCCUCUGGAAAUUCGGGCUGUGGCUGCUGCUCAUGACGCCCGGCGCCGCUAUGCUCAGCUUCGAGUUCACGUCGCAGGUGCAGGUCGACGUCAGUGUAUCCGUCGUGCUAUCGACGUUUGUCAGCGGCAGCAUCUGGAUCGUCAUGUUCGACCCGGACAUUUCGCGUGCCGUCACCCUCGCGCAGCUCGGCACCCUCGCGGCCUCGUGCGUUAUUACAGCCCUCGCGGUCCUCACCGGCGGUGGCAGCCAAAAGGAAGGCGCGUGGGACGAGCGGCUUGCAUUCAUGCUACGCGUCCCCGCCAUCGUGGUCGCCUUUGUCCUCCGUCUGCCCUGGGACGGGCCGCGCAUCGCGAGGGGCCUCUGUUGGACCCUCAUCUGGUUUUGGGCCUCGCGCACUGAUGCUGACGAAUACUACCCGCCCGAAAACCUCCGGUGGCUGAAUCGCACUCUGGAAAUCAAUGGAACUGUCUUGAUUCUCGAUCGAAUAAGAUGA